AUGCAGGAGGAAGGCAGGCUGCCCUUGGCCAGGAAGUGCGGCAAGGCGAACAGAGGGUGUCGGUCAAGCCCCAAGUCCACUCUACCCCAGGAGCUGCUGGCUCGGCUGCUGGUGCUCGGUGCGUCUUCGUUUAUGACGGUGCAGGUCAGAAGGGCAGCCAUGUUCCUCCUCUUCCAGCUUAUGAGCAUGUUCCAGGCCAGGUCGGGCCAGUUCUGGAAUAGCUACAAGACGGAAAUGCUCCUCUAUGUGGAAGAUCACAAGACCUGCUUCUGCCAGAGGGAGUGGGAGCAGCAGCUGCUGCAGUUCCUGGAAGACCUUCUCUUCUUCAUCUCGGACCACACCUGGCUGGGCUGUUUCAUCACUAGUAUCAGGCGCCAGCUGGCCUACGGUGAUAAGCGGCCCAGUGACAAGAGCUUUCUCUACAAGUGCUGGGGCACCGUGCUGAUGUUUUUUCCAGCAGAGAGCAUCAAGCCCCAGCUAUGGCUUCUGGUGGAGAUGGUCGAUUUCCGAGAAGAAGAGGAAAGAGAGGGAUUCGCCCGAGCGCUUGGGCUGUGUGCCAGGCAACAGCUAUAUGAGGUUUUCGCCAUCCUGGAGCACUGGGAAGAGUUUGUCAGCAGGGUGCAGCUCCAGCCUUCUGCCGGUGGCUCUCUGGAGACCUUCCUGGCAGACUCACCAGGGCUGGCAUGUCUGACAUUAACCUGCGUCCCCCCUCUCCCCGCACCACCACCACCACCUUCCCAGUAA